UGAGGUGCAAGUGAGUAGGCAUAGAUCUUAGACUGGGGAGGGUGGAUCGGUGCAUCACAGUCCACACGUCUAGGUCUCAACACAUUGGGCACUGCCUCUGGUCUCAAACACAACACCUCAGAGAGAAACAAAGAAGUAAAACAAUGGUGGGUUCUCAAAGAUGAUGAGGAGAGCCAACUGUAUCAGUAGGUUAUGCAUCUCCCAUGGCCUCUCAUUCUUACUGCGCUUAUUAUACCUUUAUCCCAUCACCGCAGAGGAAUAUCAACAAGCCCAGCAACAGACCCAACUUUGUUCUACUCUCGUCUUCCAUCAACAACACUAACAGAUGCUCUUAUACCACUGUUGUUUCUGGGGCUGUUCGACUAUUGGGUGCUCCGACCAGGUUCGAAGCUUCAAAGCUAGAAGUUGUUUUUAUGGGAGAUGAGAUGAAGAAUAAGUAUGCUGGAAUCAUCCCAAGAACUUACAUCCUAUCUCAUUGUGACUUCACUGCGAAUCUAACCUUGACCAUCUCCAAUGUUAUCAACCUUGAACAGUUGAAAGGUUGGUACAGCAAGGACGAUGUGGUUGCUGAAUGGAAAAAGGUGAAUGAUGAAAUGUGUUUGCAUGUUCAUUGCUUUGUGAGCGGUCCCAAUCUAUUGCUCGAACUCGCUGCUGAGUUUAGAUAUCAAAUAUUUUCCAAAGAAUUGCCUUUGGUUCUCAAAGCUGUACUUCAUGGAGAUUCAGUACUUUUCACUGAGCAUCCUGAGCUACUUGACUCUUUGGUUCGGGUGUACUUCCAUUCUUGUCUGCAAAAGUACAACAAAAUGGAAUGUUGGGGUCCUCUUAGGGAUGCUGUAGAGGGAAGACAAGAGGAUCGCACACAAAGGCUAUUAACCACAAGCGAUAAGGGUAAUUCCCAUCUUACCAACAAGCUUGGAGGCCCAAAAUCCAUACUUCAAGCUCUAUUUGCCUUCCUUCUUUGACGUCCAAUGAAUAGGAAUGGCUGCAACAGGUCACCUACUUUUAUUUUAUUUUUAAUUUUAAGGCUAAAUGGCUGCAACACAUAAAAAAAGGCUGCCGAAACCAUAAAAGGAACCAGCUUCGGAUGAUAAUGAUGAUUAUGGUUUCAUUGGGAGGACUUCAAAGACCAAUCAGCUCCGACCGGGUGCUCUUGGACAGGGAUUGUUUAAGGGGUCAUUUGAUUCUUUUAUUCAAUUGCAAAUAUAUUAACUCUCAAUUCUUGUGCUACUAAGAGCAAUUUUUUGUUAUUCAACUGUUAAUAUUUAGUGUCCUUCCUUCGCUGA